AUGGUAAGAUUAAAAACAAAUAAGAAGGUAUUUUACGUUUUUGUGAGCGUGUCGAGUCUUUUUGGUUAUUUCUUAAAAGGAUAUAAAGAGGAUGUAAAUAAUUAUGAGACUUUAAUAAAUAAUAAUGAUAUAGAGAAGAUUAAAAAGAUAAGAAUUCAUAAUAAAUGUUCUUAUAUACCUUUAUUAUUUCUUAAUAUUUAUGAUAGUUAUAUAUAUAAGAAUAAAAUAUUACGAUGGUUAUAUUUUAAGUGUAGAAAAAGAAGAAAAGAUAAAGAAGAAUAUUAUUAUAUAACUGAUAUGAUAAGAAAAAAAAGAAGAGAACAAAUAAAAUAUAAUUUUAUAUCUGAUGAACAAAAUUUAUUUAAUAAAUUAUAUAUAUAUGAAAUUGUCUUAGAAUAUAGUUUAAAGUAUGGAAUAUUAUCACCACAUUUAAGUUUAUAUAUAUUAAAAAAUAUUUCAGAAUAUUGUGUUAAUUUAUAUCCUUCUUUAUAUGAUACAAAUGAAGAAACAGAUAUUUAUAAUAAUUUUAUAAAUAAACAAAAAUUAACAUAUUUUAAACAAAUAAAUAAUGAACACAAGUAUGAACUAUCAAAAUAUAAUACAGACAAUAAAAAUAAUAUACAUAAUAAUAUACAUAAUAAUAUACAUAAUAAUAAUAAUAAUAACCAAUUAAAUGUAAAUAUGCAUUAUAAUUAUAAUUAUAAUCAUAAUAAUACAGUUAUAUCUUCUCAUUCUCUAUAUAAUAAUAUGGAAACAAAAAAUAUAAAUAUUUUUAAUAAAUAUAAUAUACAUAAUUUUUAUUCAGAAAAAUAUACUUGUUAUAAAAACAACAGAAAUUAUCAACAUAUUACUUUGAAUAUGAUUUAUCUUCUCAAUCAAGCAUAUGAUAAUAUAUCUCGUAUUUGUUUAAACACAAACACUAAUAUAUAUAUAAAUUUUUAUAUGAUAAAUAUUUUAAAAUAUAUAUGCUUUUAUAAUAUAGAAGAUAUUUUUUUAAACUACAAUCACAUAGAACACAUAAAAAAAAAAAUGAAUGAACAAAAUAAUACUAAUAUAUCAUUCUUUAAAUUUUUAUAUUCAUUUUUCUUUUUUAAAAAAAAAGAAAAACAUAUAUAUCAUCUAGUACAUGAUAAAAUUGAUAAGAAUCAAAAAAAAGAAAACCAGGAGUUCUAUAAUAAUUAUUCAAACCAAAAUACACAUAAUAAUAUAAACACUCAUAUGUCAGAUAAUUAUUUAUAUGAUCAUAUAAAUGGUUACUCAUUUAAGAAUACAAACAAAAAUGACAACAACAAUAAUAAUAAUAAUAAUAAUAAUAAAAAAGAUAUAUUAAAAAAGAUAUAUUUUUUAAAAGGUUAUAAAUUAGAUGACAUACAGAUUUUAAACGAGUUAUAUGUCAUGAUAUAUAUGCGCUUACUAUUUGAAUGUUCUUUAAAAUUAAUUAGUAUUAAAAAAAAUAUCCAUUUAUUAGAAAAAAAAAUGCAAUUUGAUAAAGAAAAUAAAAUAAUAUAUUUGAAUUCAGCUGACUGUAUGAAUAACUUAAGAACAAAUUUUUUAAAACGAUUUAAUAAAUAUGAAGAAAGAGAAAAAAAAAAAAUUGAUGAUCCUUCUAAGAUAUAUACUACUAACAUUUCUGAUUACUUAAAAGGGAAAAAAGAAAAACAUAAAAAUGAAGAUAAUAUAAUAAAUAUAUGUUACAUUAAAAAAAAAAUAUCUUCUUUUAUUUUGUAUUUAAAAAAUAUAAUAAUCAAUAAAGAUACUUGUUUUAUAGAAAAUAAUAAUAUUGUAAAUGAUGAUAUCAAAAAAAAUAACUUUUUAAAAUCUUUCAUGUCUUAUUUAUAUAUAAAAGAUAUAUACGAAUAUAAUUAUGAGCUAAAAUUAUAUUAUAUGUAUUGUAAUCUUAGAAAACUAUUUUUAAAAUAUGUUAUAAAAAUGAAUGAACAUAUAGAUAUAAAAUUAUAUAAAAUAAAAAGAGCAAUAAAUUAUUAUAUAUAUAACUUUGAUCAAUUUCUUAUAAAUAAUUAUUAUCAUUUAAUACACCAAAAAAAUAUACAUAAAAUUAAUAUUCAUUUGAAAUAUUGUAAAGAUAAAGAUAUAGAUAUUUUAAAAUUUAAUGAUUUAUAUUACUUUAUGAUUAAUAAUAUAAAUAAUAUAUUUUCAUACAUACAAAAAAUGGACCACAAAAAAUGUGUAUACAAAAUAUUUAAAACUUAUAAUAAAAUAUUAUUAUAUCAAUAUAAUUAUUUAAAUGAAAAAGAAAAUAUAUACUACAAAAAUAAAAUAAAAAAAUAUCUAAUAUGUUUAAAUAAUAAUAUAUGUAAUGAUUUAAAUGAAUAUAAUAAAUCUUAUGACAAUAUAAAAAAUUUCUCACAUAUUUUUUUUUAUACCAUAAAAAAUGAUAUAAAUCUUUUAUUAUUUUUAUAUACACAACGUAUUCAAAAUUGUUGUGAUAUAUUCUGUUAUAUAUAUAAAAAAUAUAAUUUUAUUCAAACCCCUUUUUUAAAUUAUUUAUUUUAUGAAUUACGUUAUAUUGUUUAUUCUGAAAAAAAAAGAAAAAAAAAAGUUUUUUUUUUUUUUUUUAUUACUCCUUCUGCAUAUAAUUAUGAUAAUAUAGUCAAUUCUUUUAAUUUUUCUUAUUUUUUUUUUUCUUUAUCAUAUUUACUUUUUAUUUUGUUUUAUCACCAUAACAUGUAUACAUCCUUUUUAUUUUUUAAAACACUUACAUAUUCUGGAAUCCCUACUUAUUAUUAUAACUUAUAUAAUAAUAUUAUGGCAGUGAUGGAUAUACAAGCGUGA